AUGGGACUUACGCUGACGACCUCCUCCUCCACCGACCUCAUCACCUACUCUGAUGCAAACUGGGAUCGCUGCCCGGACACACGACGCUCCACCUCGGGGUACUGUGUCUACCUUGGACCGUCCCUGAUCUCUUGGUCCUCCAAGCAACAGUCCACCGUCUCCCACUUGAGUGCCGAGGCAGAGUAUCAGGUGGCUCUUGGGUGCAUCCAGGUCCUCAACGUCCCAACAGUGCAACAGUUCGCCGAUGUCAUGACAAAAGGACUGCCUACUUCUAUUUUCGAGGAGUACAGUCAAAGGUCAAGCAGAAUCGACAACACCAUGGCCACCCAUGUCCCACAGAACACUGUGCUGUACUGCGUGGCUAUCUGCGCUCCCCACCUCUACCGCUACUUCAGGACAAGAUCGAGGCAGACAGUUUGUCGUGUGCUGCUCGCAGUUGAACAGCCGACUGGCAAUCUGCUCUGGUUCAAUCCCAAGAAGGAGAGAGGUGGUGCAGAUAUGGCGCAGUGGAACGGCAUGGAGCAGGCAGCGACCAUCGCGCAGCUGGUGGGAGUGGAUGCGUUGGGGCUCAUCUCGACGAUUGUACAGGCAGCACAGACAGUUCAGCGCAACAAGGAGACCUGCCAGGAGCUUGUGCAGGAUGUGCAGUUGAUAAAUGGCCUGCUACGGAUGCUGCAAAACCCAGAGAUGAUGCAGCGAGAAGAGAUUGUAAACGCACUCAAUGGACUGGAGGGGACGCUCCGGGAGGCGUACAGCCUCGUCAGCUCCUGCCAGGACUGCAGCACCACAUAUCGCAUAUUCAUGGGAUGGAAACACACUGACCAGUUCCGACGUGUGAAGAAGAAGAUUGCCAAGCACCUCCGCUUCUACCCUAUGAUCUUCCAUGCUGACAUAACUUGUCGUCUCGAAAGAAUAAGCAAUGGCACGCUGUCGACGUGCUCAUCUCAGGUAUAGUCAGUUUGUACUUCACUGGUAAACAUCAUCAUGGCUUUUCGAUUGUAGCCAAGGGUCUUCACGUAAUACUAGUCACGGAAGCACAUCAUAGCCCUCUGCAGCGGUCUUGUUGUUUAUGUAAAUCUUGAACUUGCGUUGCUCGGCCUUGUCAUACUGCAGCUCGCAGAAAUGCAGCCGGACCAAGUAAUCAAA